GCCUCAAUGUCAAAUGCACUUCUUUUUUUCCCACAGCUGUACAGACUGAGUUGGCUGGUUGAUGCAAUAUGGCAGAAAACCAGGACGAUUAUUACUCUAGUGACGAUAUAUUUACAGGAUUGCCAAUCAUCCCACCGGGAGCCAGUCCAUGCAAUUAUGAGGUAACCAGCAGAUUCAACAAAUGGUUCAUUCCAGCUACCUUCUUGCUUGUGUUCCUACUGGGUCUGGUAGGGAAUGGACUGGUGCUCUAUGUCCUGAAGAGCAGGCGUUGCUCCUGGCAUUUGUCUGACCACUAUUUGUUCCAUUUGACUCUCUCUGACCUUUUCCUGGGACUAACUUUACCUUUUUGGGCAACACAGUACGCCUAUGGGUGGGUCUUCGGUUCUGUGCCAUGUAAGCUGGUAGGAGCUCUUUUCUCCAUCAACAUGUAUAGUAGCAUUUUCUUCUUAGCCUGCAUUGGACUGAAUCGCUACUUUGCCAUUGUGCAUGCAGUGGAGCUCCAUAGAAAGCAAAGACCCAUCCACACAUUCCUAAUCUGUGCUGUUGUAUGGGCCACCUCGUGCUUGCUCUCAUUGCAAGAGUUUUACUUCCGAGAUGUGGACUUUAUUAAACAAUUGAAAAGUCAUUCUUGUCAUUACAAGUUCGACCCAGAAACUGCUGAUACUUGGAGAACGACCAUUCGGCUUAUUAACCUCAGUCUAGGAUUCCUUCUUCCCCUGUUCCUUAUGUUCUUCUUCUACUGCAGGAUAUUUUGUACUCUUCGAAAGUCCAGACAUGGUCACUCUUACCGAUCUCAAGUGGUUAUUGUGGUGCUGUUGUUUGUCUUUGUGCUAUGCUGGGGACCAUACAAUACAUUAUUGCUUAUUGAUAGUCUACAAAGGUUGGAUGUCAUCGCUCCAAGUUGUCCAUUGUUUCAGAAAUUGGACAUAGGACUGACGGUCACAGAGACUUUAGGACUUUCACACGUAUGCCUGAACCCUUUUAUUUAUGCUUUUGUUGGGGUUAAAUUCAAGAGUGAGCUUUCAAGGCUCUCUAAAAGAGUUUCAGGGAAGGUUAUAAGCUCUGGGGUUACAGGAAGCAAAGAGGAGACAAUAGUCAUAGAAACAAACAAUUCAUAUACUAAAGUCUUUUGAACUGCUUUUAUUAUGGGGUUUUUAAUGCAAAGCUUCUGUUUGUUGCUCUACCUAUUAAGGUGAAACAUGGUUUAACAUGGCAGAAUAAUAUGUAAUAGUAUUUACAGCACUGAAUGACUCUUCAGUUAUAUAGGGCUUCACUGGACCAAAAUGGUAGUCAAGCUACAUGGAAUUGGCCCGGAUAAUUGAAUUUUCAUUGCACUAUGAAGUCUGUUUUAUCACACAUCCCAUGCUGCCUCUACUUGCAAAAGUCCAACUGUGUAUUUUGUAAUAAAUAAUCUUUAGUGUAAAAAUACA